AAAUGGAAACAGAGAAAACUCUCCAUCUUCAUCUUUGUUAUAUCACAUUCUCUACAAACAGAAAGUAAUGUAAAAAAAAGCAAUAUUCAUAAACAACAAGAACUGGAGAUGGGAGCCCAUUCCCAUCCCCCAUUUCUUCCAUAAUUUCCUCAAAAAUUCAAAACCCAUUUCCCCCCUUCUCCUAAACAACAUAUUUUCCCGAAAAAAUCUCGAAGAUCCGUUCAAAUUUCACUCCCAUAUCCUGAAUUUCCCCCCCAAUGUCAUCGGUAAAAUUCUCCUCUGGCUACGGCGCCGUUCCUUCUCAGGCUGCCGCCACGAUCCCCACCACUUCUUCCGGAGCUCCACCAUCUUUCCCUUCCAGUUCCUCCUUCCUAGAACGCGCUAAAACCACUACACAAUCCCUAAUCGCCACACAGCGGCCAUGGCGAGAGCUUUUCGAUUUCUCCGCUUUCUCUCUUCCUUUCAGCUACGACGAUGCCAUGGCUAGAAUCCGUCAGAAUGUCAACUACUUCCGUGUUAAUUACGCUUUGGUGAUGCUCAUCAUCGUUUUUUUGAGCUUGUUCUGGCACCCGAUUUCGAUCAUCGUCUUCUUGCUGAUCUUCGUUGCUUGGUUGUUCUUCUACUUCUUUCGUGAUCAGCCUCUUGUUCUGUUCAAUCAAACGUUUGAUGAUAAAGUUGUUUUGGGGGUUUUGAGCAUUUUUACCAUCAUUGCUCUUGUUUCUACUGAUGUGGGAUCGAACGUUUUAGGAGCUCUAAUUACAGGUGUGACAGUGGUUGGACUGCACUCGGCUUUUCGGAUUACGGCGGACCAUUUUCUCGAUGAGGAAACUGCCGCAGAAGGGGGAUUGCUGUCGGUUGUGGGUAAUCAGCAACAACAACGAGGUUAUACUCGGAUUUGAUUCUCGAUUUCAUUCAGAGCUGUGGCUAUUUUUGAUGGGCAUCUUCCUUCUCUAGUGUGAUUAACAUUGGUGUUUCCGACGAGUUUGCACGAGUAGUAGUUUCGACCUUCUUCUUCCCUCUCUUUUCAGUUUGUGUUAUAAGCUGAGAUCAAAGAGUGAGAUCAUGUGAGAAAGGGAGCAAGGAGAGUGGUCUGUAGGUGAGAGCAAAGAAAGGCCAAAGAUCGAGAGGCCGAGAAAAACCCAUUUAGUAAUUUUAUCCAAAUUUGAUGUCAGCAAUUGGUAAAAGAAAAAAACCUUGAUGGGACAAAUUUCGUUUUCCUCCCAGCAUUUGAACCCUGAUUUGCGCUGGUUGAGUCUAAUAGAUGAAUGAGACUAUAAUAUAAUGAUUAGUUUGUUGUGCAGUCUAAUAAGAACUGUAGACUACUAGUGGACACAACUCUACAGUUUAGAGACUUGAGGAUAGUCAAUCAAUUGUAUGGCCACUUCCUACAUAUUUAUGAGUAUAAAUUGAAAGCAAAGAGAUUUGAAUUACAAA